UUGUGGAUGGUGGAGGUGAAGAGGGAGGGAGGGAUGGAUGGAGGGGAAUCCAGAGAGUUUGAUGAUGUCUAUUGGCAGCUGGCAGGAGGGAAUGGCGAACGGACAAGCCAGGUUUCGACAGGCUGUCAGACGCAAGGAAUCGAUUGCGAAGUCAGAAACUUUCGACUGCGGAAUCUGUCAGACAGGCAGGCAAGCCAGUGAGUACGUAGCAGUGGCAGUCAGCAGUAGUAGCACCGCCAACCAACCAUCCAGCCAUCAAGAACCCAGCAAGAGAAUAGUGUGUAGUGGGUGUAGUGGUAGUGUAUCUAGCUAGCUGCUUGGUAGUGAUAGCACUAAGCCGGUACCCGAGAGAAGCUGACCCAGUUUUCGCCAGUAACCGGGGCACCCAGCAAGCAAGCGGGUGCGUCUUGAUUAAG